CUUAAGCCACUUAUCUGUUCCAUCCACAACGUAUCAUCAUGGGUUCUCUAAUUGAGUAGCCUCACUUGAUCCUGUUUCCUUUCAUGGCUCUAAGCCACAUGAACCCCAUGGUAGAUAUUGGCAUGUUGUUGGCUCAGCAUGGUGUGAUGAUUACCAUAGUUACAUCAUCCUAUAAUGCAGUACGAUUUGAAAAGAUACUUACUCGUGCCACAGAAUCCGGGCUCCCUAUUCAGGUGGUGAAGCUUCCAGUUCCCUACAUCGAAGUGGGAUUACCAGAAGGUUCUGAGAAUCUGGAUAUGCUGCCUUGUCUAGACUUAUUGUUGAAGUUCAUCAAGGCAAUUGAUAUGCUGAUUGCUUCUAAGUACCAGAUUCCAAGGAUUUCAUUCCAUGGAUUUUGCUACUUUUGUCUUGUUUGUCUGCGCAAGAUACAUGACUCUGUUGAAUAAAGUUUAGAUUUUUGUAGUUUUCGAAGUAUUGUGCCUUCACAGGCUGCAACAAUUUAGUGUUUGAUUUUUUGAUGUAAUUUGACCUUUGGUUAGGUAGCUUUUUGUUAACCUUCUGUCAGUAUAGACACUUGAGUAGGGGCUAAAAUUAAGCUACUUGUAGUUUGGUAAACUACUCUUCCUCUUUCACGCAAGCUUGUGUUUAUUUUGUAAAAAAGCAGAAAUCAACAACAAUUUUAGUG